CCCCGAUGACGUCAUGCCCCGCCCCCGGUGACGCCUCAGGCCCCGGCCUCCCCGCGACAGACGCGCGCCCGCGGGCUGCGGAGGCGGCCGUUCCCGCUGCCGUGGGCGCCUUGGGCACGGUUCAAGGGAGGCAGUGAAGAUGUCCAAUGAGCCACCCCCCCCUUACCCUGGGGGCCCCACGGCCCCCCUGCUGGAGGAGAAGAGUGGAGCCCCGUCCACCCCAGGCCGCUCCUCCCCAGCUGUGAUGCAGCCCCCAACGGGCACAUCAGUGCCCCCUGCAGACAUCGGGCCCCCGCCCUAUGAGCCACCAGGUCACCCUCUGCCCCAGCCUGGCUUCAUCCCCCCUCAUGUGAAUGCAGAUGGCGCCUACAUGCCCCCAGGAUUCUAUCCUCCUCCGGGCCCUCACCCACCCAUGGGCUACUAUCCACCGGGACCUUACCCACCUGGGCCCUACCCUGGCCCUGGGGGCCACACAGCCACUGUCCUAGUCCCCUCGGGGGCUGCCACCACAGUCACAGUGCUCCAGGGAGAAAUCUUUGAGGGCGCACCUGUGCAGACAGUGUGCCCCCACUGCCAGCAGGCCAUCACCACCAAGAUCUCCUAUGAGAUCGGACUGAUGAACUUCGUGCUGGGCUUCUUCUGCUGUUUCAUGGGGUGUGAUCUGGGUUGCUGCUUGAUCCCCUGCCUCAUCAAUGACUUCAAGGACGUGACGCACACAUGCCCCAGCUGCAAAGCCUACAUCUACACAUACAAGCGCCUGUGCUAACUAACGGAGCUGGACUGGACUCCCCACCGGUAGCCUGACCCCUGUGCUUUGCUCCCCGCACUCCGUGGCCUGGCUUCCCUACUCCCACGUGGGCUGGAAGCCACUCCACCAGCCCCUGGAAGUCUUGUCCUUUCACCUGGCCCUUCCCUGAUAGUAGGACCCUUGGCAGCUACCGCUGGAUUUAAGGCCAACGGUGAGCAGGUGGCAAGGGCUGGCACGGAGCUUGUGUCAUGCUGGUGUGCCUGGCAUUAGUAUCCGGGAAGCUGAGUUAGGAAGGGGCUCUGGUUCGGUCCUGUUCUGCACAGGCUCGGUCUGCACUGGCUGGGACUGAAGCAAGCAGAGCAGUGCCUGCUGCACCAGUCGCGUCUGAUCUUCACGGAGGAAAGCAGGGCCGUGGAGUCGAGUCGGAGAGGGUUUGGGUAUGGGCGGCUGACAGUAGGCAGGAUGGUUGGCAGGAAUGGCCCCCAGGACUCUCAGGAAGCCUGCCCACCUUGUGAAGUGCCCAGGAGGCAGCUGGGAUAAGGAAGUGAGGCCAGCAUCCCUGCAGGCCACUGGGUAAGUGACUGGGCUCUGACUUGCCAAGAAGGGACUUGUCUCUCCCCCCUCCCCAGCUCCCCUUCUGGCCAAACCCUUGAGCCGUCUGCUGGUGCCAGAAGGAAUGUCCAAGAUUCACCCAUCCAGCUACACUCUGUUCUUGCUGCAUGUGGGAGUGACCUGUCCCGUGGCCGGUGCGUCCCACCUGAGACAGAUGGCAGUGGACUUUCCAUGGACUCUUCCCAGUUAACAGCACCCCCUCUUCACCCUGGCUGACUUGCUGUCGCUACGCUCGCUAAUGUGUCAGGCAUGGUGGCAUCUGUGGCCCUGGACUGGGGACAAAGAAGGCAGAAGUGGCAGAAGCGCUCUGGUGGACAGCAGCCCUGCCCUGGGCCCACUCUCUUUCCGGAAUGGUCUGUGUGGACUUGCUCGUGUGGAUGCUGUACCCUGCUCCUGCCCCUCCUGGUCUUGCACUGCCACUGCAUGGCCGCCUGUCACUGUGAGUCGUACCUGUCUCGGUUUGUAGUUUCUCAUUAAAUUGGCCCUUUCACUCCCUGCUGGGGGCCUCUGCUCUGC